AUGUCUGGCCGUGGAAAGGGCGGAAAAGGUCUUGGAAAGGGCGGUGCUAAGCGUCACCGUAAGAUUCUUCGUGACAACAUCCAGGGUAUCACCAAGCCUGCCAUUCGUCGUCUUGCACGUCGUGGUGGUGUCAAGCGUAUUUCUGGUCUCAUCUAUGAGGAGACUCGUGGCGUCCUGAAGGUCUUCCUUGAGAACGUUAUUCGUGACUCUGUCACUUACACUGAGCACGCAAAGCGGAAGACUGUCACUGCCCUUGAUGUCGUCUAUGCCCUCAAGCGCUCUGGUCGCACGUUGUACGGGUUCGGUGCUUAA